UUUUGGUAUGAUUGCGGUUCGGUUGUCAGUCUUAUCAAAUUAGCAAUUAUAAAUAAUUUUUUUUGCUGUGACAAUAUUAAGUAAAUACUUUACAUUUCCAAGACGAUUUAGCAAUGUGCUUGCAGCACGUGAUAUCUUUUUAUAAUUUUGAACAUUUUUAUUGUUACCAUUGUCAUAAUCGUAUUGAAUAAUGGAAUAACUUUCAUAACUAAUAGGUUAAGAUUUUUGUGUGUAAAAAGUUCAAUUCAAAGACUAUAAAAGCUUAAUUGUUUCAUUUUAAGAUGACAAAAAUAUUUAAUUACCAUGUGUACAAUCAAUCUAAAAUGCAACGCUUACCAUGGUACAAGUACAUUACAGUGGAACCGGUCCUGUUUCUCUACAUGAUGGCUUUUACAAUCACUUCUGUCAUAGAACAGACUUUCUAUGUAUACAAAGCAUGUACUGUGAACCAUGGCUACAGUAGUGAAAUAUGUUACAAUAUUAGCAGCUACGAGGAAAUAAAUAAUGAAGUGCAGAUAACAAUUUCAAAUUUUCACCAAUGGAAUGGAAUAGCAGGUCACAUUAUACCCGUAUUUCUUGCGUUUUUCCUGGGAUCGUACAGUGACAAACGUGGCCGAAAGUCAAUUAUGCUGGCUGGUUUGAUUGGAAAACUUUACUUCUCUGCAAUGAUUACUUUGAAUACCAUGAAAGAUUGGCCAGUAGAGUACGUGAUAUACACCGCGGCAUUCCCAAGUGCCCUUACUGGUGCAGACUUGGCAAUUUUCGCCGGUUGUUUUGCAUACAUUGCCGAUGUCACUUCUGUUAAGAACAGAACAUUGAGAGUCGGUAUACUAGAUGUAGUAUACCUGAGCACUAUGCCUACCGGAGUAGCCUUGGGAAACGUUUUAUAUAAAAACGUUGUGGACAGAUCUUUCACUGUGAUGUUCACUAUCAAUACAUGUCUCAUGGUAUUUGCGACGCUUCAUUGUUUGAUUUUCCUAGAGUGGCAAACCAAACCUGAACAGAAAUCUUUGAAAGAAGCCAACAUUAAGAACCCUAUCACGGAUUUCUUUGACUUGAAAAACAUAAAACAGACAAUAGUCACUUUGACCAAGAGGAGAAGUAGUAAUAAAAGAGUGUAUUUGUGGAUUCUACUUAUUUCAAUGGCGUUUUAUACAUUCCAAAGAGAUGAACGUCCCAUGAUGUAUCUGUAUACAACCAAAGUAUUCAAAUGGGAUGCAUCGGAUUUCAGCAACUUUAGAACAUUUCUAAGCUCAUCUUAUGUGUUAGCCAUGUUAUUUGGUAUUCCAAUAAUGUCAAAAUUCCUGAAAUGGCGAGACACGGUAAUAGUAAUGAUAGGCGCAACCGCUCAUAUAAGCGGCCACUUCAUAUACGCGCACGCGAGGGUUGAAACCCUCAUGUACGUCGGCGGAGCCGCUGCGGCUUUGGGGCCUUGCGUGGCGCCGCUGAUACGAUCGAUGACGUCUAAGGUUCUGCCCACAGCCGAAAGAGGUGUUGCAUACGCUUUCCUGUCCGUGAUGGAGAACGCAGUAGCGAUGAUCGCUUCCAUCAUCUACUCUCAGGUGUACAAAGCCACGCUGAAUACAAAUUACAUCAACGCCAUCUUUUAUUUCACGAUGUUUACGCAAGCCGUGGUGUUAACCCUUACAUUAACUAUGGAAAUAAUGUUGAAAGGGAAGCCCUUAGAAGCCGUCGUGGAACAAGAGGAAAAUGUGAUUGAAAAGAAAGAAAAUGAGGAUUCCUGACAGUAUGGACUGAAUUUAUUUUCCACAAUAGAAUGCAACAUUUACUUAGUCUAUUUCCGGUUGUAGAAGCUAUAGUAAUCAAAAGCUUUGUUGCGAAAACUUGCUCAAAUAUUGUGAUACUGAUAUCUUAUUUAUGAAAUUCAAGAAAUUUGACAAUUAUGUCUUCCUAACUAUGAGUAACAUACGCAAUUAUUAUAUUAAGUUCAUUAAAAAUACUUAUAAUUUAUUGUUACAUAUUGAA